CACAGCGCUAGCGAGGUUUUACUAGUCGGCAGCUUGGAGGGACGAAUACCGGGGCGCCUAAUAGCGAAGAGCAGGGAGACGUCGAAAGGUUCGUGAAAAGGAAUUUACAUGCCGUGUUAAACUGAUGCGGCUCAGCCUGGGACGGCCCCGAUGACUGACUUUAUGGCUUGGCUAAAGGGUUCUCCAACGGGCCUUUGAAAUAAAUAUUUCAAAUACUUGCUAGCGAAGAGGGAUAAGAGGGUAACCCACGAAGUACAUCCAGCCCGCACACCAAGAGGAAGUCUGAAAUACCGCAGGCUUUUCAUACGGCCUAGCUGGUCGGAAUUCCAAAUAGACUGUAGAACUUCGCAGCGGAGUAAAGUGAAACGAUUCAAAACAUCUUAAUAUUUAUCCCUGCAAUCCCUCUGUUCGACAAAAGAGCUCAGUUUUGCGGAUUACCAUAUUCCUGCGGUUCAAGACUGUACGGAUAUCACUUGCAACAAAACGUUUCAACUGGAUUCUACGUGCUAACGAAGUGUUGUCGUUUAUCACGCUCAGAUUAAAUCAUCCGGCACUUGAGGAAUUCAUUUACAAGCAAGUGUCUGUGCUUGCUGCUGUAUUUUGUUAUAUCGUCCUCUGUGCUAAAGUUAGUGUUGGUGCAGGUUGAGCUGUGCAUAAUACUUGAUUUAAAGGAGCAGUCCAGAAUUGACAGAUAAUUUGUAGCAUUCGAAUGACUCUCCUGUUGCUGCUUACUUCUACAGCUAAAUUUGAUCAUAUGCGGUGAUUACCUGCAUGGCACACUUUAUCCUUUGAUUGAUACAAAGCCAUUUGUUUUCAAGAAUUAUCUUCCCGGGGUUUUUGAACCACAGAGGGACGGUUAGAGCUAGAAAGAGAACAUUUUCUUGGAGUAAGGGGUAUAUAUGAUCUGUCAUCAAGAUGGGGAAAAUGCUAUCAAAAAUAUUUGGUAACAAGGAGAUGAGAAUAUUGAUGCUCGGACUCGACGCUGCUGGAAAGACAACUAUCCUUUAUAAACUGAAGUUGGGACAGUCCGUGACCACAAUUCCUACGGUGGGGUUCAAUGUGGAAACUGUCACCUAUAAAAAUGUCAAAUUCAACGUAUGGGACGUUGGUGGACAGGAUAAAAUACGUCCCCUUUGGCGACAUUACUACACAGGCACACAAGGGUUAAUUUUUGUUGUAGACUGCGCGGAUAGAGAUCGAAUCGACGAGGCCAGGCAAGAACUCCAUCGCAUCAUCAAUGACCGGGAGAUGCGCGAUGCCAUCAUUUUGAUUUUUGCCAAUAAGCAAGACCUACCGGACGCCAUGAAGCCGCACGAAAUUCAAGAGAAGCUGGGACUGACGCGGAUCAGAGAUAGGAAUUGGUAUGUGCAGCCCUCAUGUGCGACCACAGGCGACGGACUAUACGAGGGCUUGACAUGGCUUACGUCAAAUUACAAAUCUUAAUGAUGGCUUGGCAGAACUGUUUUAGCUAGGACAUAACAGAAACCUUGGUAAAGAAAAAAAAAUUAACAAACAUUGUUCAAAAAUAUGCUUCAAAUGAUUGAUUUAAAAUUUCAUUUAUUUUUUAAUAUUACAAUGACCCUUGUAAUUGUUAAUUUAUCACUUUUAACAGGAAUGGGUUUUGCUGGUUCUAAGUUGGACCAUUUCAUGCUUGAUAGUAUGCUAGUGUCCUUCUGUUCCAUGGCUUACAAGUUAUAAUUUGAAGCUAUCACAAAUCAAGACUGGAGAUUCUUUAUAUUUUUCUUUAUGGAGUGACUUUUCUGUGUUCUCAUCUUUGGUUUAAGGUUAGUGCAAAGUUACAUUCAAUGUAUUUCUUCACCACUUAAAACUAUGUGUGUUGUGGGAGCCAGAGUAGGAAACAAAGUUUGAUUCCCACUAACAGUAUUGUCCAUCAUUAUGUAUAGAGAAAUUUUAUACCGAGUUGUUUUAAAACACCUUUGACGGGGCAAAAUUAGCAUUCUAAAUGACCGUUCAGUCUUUGGCUCAACUGGUUUAAAUGCUUAAUCACUGACAUAUCAUGAUAGCAUCAUAGACAUUAACACAGAACUAAGUCCAUUUUGACUUUGUGCAAAAGGUCAGACACACCAUUUAUCCUCAUACAAUAUUGUACAGUGUCAAGAGACUGAGGAACAUUUUUUUUUUGUGUUCAUAUAAAUGAAACACUUUAUUCAACUCAGAUCUUCAGCACAGGUGUUAAAUUUGGCCUUAAAUUGGAAAAUUGGGAAUAUUGUCAUUGAAGAGCAGAAACAGCAGGAUGCCCACAAAGUCAGUGUCUUUUCUUCAGAGAAGUAUGAUGACAGUCCUUUUUAAGGGAGUGAUGUUUUUAUCUGUUUGUAUUUCAAGUACAGUUUGCAUUAGAGUGGGCAGAAUUUACCAUUUGAAAGAAAUGCAUUCAUGCUGAACUUUUUUUCCUCCUUUUCUUUUCUUUCUACAUUUUGAGAAAUCUGUACAGAAACAGCUAUGUAACUGUAACAUCUAAU